CUCUGGUCCAUUGGCCCUCUCUCCCAGCUGUCCUCCCACAGUCCUCGGUGCGUUUCCAAGAGCAGCAGAACAUGCAGAAUUCAUCUCUGAAUGGCCCCUUAGAGGAAAGUGUGCCGCAUUCUCAUGGGACACGAAAGCUUGCAGGCACGGAAGUCCGAAACGGUGCCUUUGUCGGUCACGGAGAUGGUGUCGUGGACAGCGUUUCACUGGCAACCUGGAAAUCAACACGUCCAGCAUUCUGCAGCGGUGUCGGUCACCUGGGGCUGGAACACGGCUUGCUCACUAAGGGUUUUCUGGCGUUGCGAAAGUAGCGUCCCAGACAGCUUUUGGAAGGCCCUACUUGAUCCUCGGCUAAAACUUGGGAUGUCUGGGGGACUGAAUUGACUGCGGGUCCUUCAAAUAAGUCUCCCCACGUUUCUGUCAGCUAGUCUGUCUGUGUAGGUUGUGGGGCCGACUGUUCACAGUUGUAUUUUUCUGACAAAUAUUUCCACUGCUGGUCUGCAUCUUAACCUACUCAGUGUGGUCCCAGUUCACGUCUUCUAAGUGAGGAAAUAACCUACAACCUGCAUUAUCCACCUAGAUUAUAGUUAGACUCAGUGUACUGUGGGCGUCGCCUCACGUGAACCUUCUGCCGUGGUGACACUGCCCUCCAGGAUCUUCUCCUGGACAUUCUUGUCCGUUAGCUCCUGUGGCGGCCUGCCUGAUGAUUUCUUCUGCUUCCCUGAAUUCUUCUCCUGUGUGUUUCUUCUCCUGAACAUCGCUCUCCAAGUGUUCAAAUCUGGCCCCCAUAUUCACACGAUGCGGUUUUCCUCGACUUGUCUGGCCCUCUGUGGUUUGAUAGUCUUGAGCAUUUCCCUCCAGCUUGGACCUCUUCCCCAUCCUUUAGACCAUAGGUCCAACUCCCCCGUGAAUGCGUUUUUUGUGGCUGUCCAGAAGGCACCUCACACGGAGCGAGUCCCACCUGAAAUCCGUGUCGUCUUUUCUUCCCUUACGUGUGAUAUACCGUCCAUUCACCAGUGACUCUAAUGCGAUUUCUCCUGGAUGCCUCCUCCUCUCUCAGGGGUUGGUGUCGUUUGAGGAUGUGGCUGUGAACUUCACCUGGGAGGAGUGGCAGGACCUGGAUGAUGCCCAGCGGACCCUGUACAGGGUCGUGAUGCUGGAGACCUACAGUAGCCUGGUGUCACUGGGGCACUGCAUUCCCAAACCUGAGGUGAUCGUCAAGUUGGAGCAAGGAGCAGAGCCAUGGACAGUAGAGGAACCCCUAGAGCAGAGCCUCCCAGAUGUCCAGACUGCAGGUGACCUGAUGGAGACUGGCCAGGAGUAUCAGAGCAGACUUUUGUGGCAAGUUGGAUUGGCCAACUAUGAAACGUCAACGAAGGAGAGAACCAGUUUGGGAAAAACACUUAAUUUGAGUGCAGCCAACGUUUCUAAACUGAUUAUAAAUAACGGAAGCUACUCAGGAGUGAAGCCAGAGUUGUUUAAUGUGUGUCAGAACACGUUUCUCCCUGGUGAGCCUGGUGGGAUGCGUGUUGGAGAGAAUGCCGAGGAAUGUCAUACAACGGGGAGCCCCCUCAGGUGUGCCGACUGUCCUGGUUGUCAUCCGAGGAAUCAGACUUUGCGGCAGCCUCUCGAAUUUAGUGGGCAAGGGAAAGACUUCAACAAGGGGGCAACACUCUGUACCUAUAGGAGAGCUCACAUGGGAGAGACUGCCUGUAGGUAUAAUGAACAUCGGGAAGCCUGUGGUAAGUCAGCUGUCACUGCCCAAGAGAGAACUCACAUAGGGGAGAAUCACUGUGGAUGUAACAAAUGGAGGAACACUUUUUGUGAGAAACCAACACAGUUGCAUCUUGGUCUAGCCGAUUUCGAGGAGCAACACCAUAAACAUGAUCAAAGUGGGGGUAAUUUCAGCAAGAAAUCACACCUCGCUCAGCUUUCGAGAACUCCGUUAGAAGAGAAAACUUUUGAAUGUGAUGUAUGUGCUAAAACUUUCUACAAGAGGUCUAAUCUCAGUAAACAUCGGAAAAUACACACAGGAGAGAAACCCUAUAAAUGUAGCGAGUGUGAGAAGACCUUCAUUAGUAAAACAGUUCUUAAAGUACAUCGGAGAACUCAUACAGGGGAGAAGCCCUAUGCAUGUGUCGAAUGUGAGAAAUCUUUCUGCCAUAAGUCACACCUGACUGUUCAUCAGAGAAUCCACACAGGGGAAAAACCGUAUGAAUGUUAUGAAUGUGGGAAAUCCUUCCCUGUGAAAACAAAACUCACCGUACAUCUGAGAACACACACAGGGGAGAAGCCCUAUGAAUGUAAUGAAUGUAGGAAAUCCUUUUACCAGAAGUCAGCCCUCACCAUACAUCAGAAGAUUCACAAUAGGGAGACACAUCAUGAAUGCAACGACUGUGGUAAGACAUUCCAUAAGAAGUCAGUUCUCACUGCACAUCAGAGAACUCAUACAGGAGAGAGACCUUAUGAAUGUAAACAAUGUGGGAAAUGCUUUGGCCAUCGCCCAGCUCUCACUGUACAUCAGAGAACUCACACAAGAGACAAACCCUAUAAAUGUAACGAAUGUGGGAAAUCCUUUUGUGUGAAGCCAAAACUCACUGUGCAUCUGAGACUUCACACAGGUGAGAAGCCCUUUGAAUGUCAGGAGUGUGGGAAAACUUUCUACCAGAAGUCAAAACUCACUGUACACCAGAGAACUCACACUGGUGAGAAACCUUAUGAAUGUAAUGAAUGUCGGAAAACCUUUUGUGAGAAGUCAACCCUCAAUAGGCAUCAGAGAACUCACAGGGGAGAGAAACCUUAUGGAUGUAAAGAAUGUAGGAAAACUUUCUACCAGAAAUCAGCCCUCACUGUUCAUCAGAGAACUCACACAGGAGAGAAACCCUAUGAAUGUAAUGAUUGUGGGAAAACCUUCUGUCAGAAAUCACACCUCAGCAAACAUUUGAGAACUCACACAGGGGAGAAGUCAUGUGUGGCAGAGACUGGCUGUAUGUAUACCAAAACUCACUUUCUCUUUGUGUUGGGCACACAGUUAGCCUACAUUUCUCAGCCUCCCUUUGUUGUGGGUGGGACCAUGUAACUGAGUUCUGGCCAAGAGAAUAUGAACACACAUGAUGAACAUUACUUCUAAGCCUGGCCACAAAAAAACCAAAAACCAAAAAAACAACAUGCAUUUGCUGAGUUUUUUUAUUCCCUGUGCUCCUGAAGUGCAGAUGACACACAGGUUUGUCUUCAAAGCCAUAGAGUGAAGAUUGCAACCAUGACCUCAGGCAGAAAGAAUUGAUUGUGGAGGGCAGAAAUCUUUCCAUCUCUACCUCAGAAAUCCUCACUUGUACUUUACCUGAGUGAGAACCCUUCUAUGUGUGACCUGACUACAGCACUACCAGUCCAUUGUAGCCAGUUCACUUUAUGAAUUUGUGAAUUUGUGGCAGGCUUCUGUUGAAGUUACCAGUCCUUGUGUAGGAAACUCACAGAGGAAAGAACCCGUGUUUUCAUCUUUCAACCCUAAGUCAGAAAUCAUAGGAAGAAAUAAUGCAGUAAAUAUAGGAAUACCUUUAUUGGUCAGAGAUAGCUCAUUGAACAGUGAGAAUAAAGUAAAACUUAUAAAUA